AUGCCGCCAAAGCGACAGGCCUCCAUCAAGGGCUUCUUUACCUCCUCCGGCAACUCCGGACGUCAGGACGUAUCCUCACCUGCUGCGUCGUCUGCCGGUCCAGCAACACCGCUGGCGAGCGACUCGGAGACCUCCACCCCGCGCUGUGGUCGAGCGACACAGGCAGCGUCCCAGGCGAGCUCUUCCAGAGUGAGGUAUCAGCGACAGGCCCGUACUCCGUCGGUCGAGUCGGAAGGAGAAGAGGGACUCAACAACAUUCGCUUCAGUCCCGAGAGAGCUCACCGGUGGCGACCAACCACCAAGCGGAUCGUUGCCGACGACGAGGACCAGUCGGACCAGGUCGUCCGCGAAGUCGUCGAUCUCGCGACCUCCAGCGAAGACGACGAACCAGCCCAAAAUACCAGCCGCUUGAAGCGCAACGCUUCGUCAAGUUCGAGUGUCUCGGCCUCACCGUCGGCACCUCGCCGGAAGCGCAAAGAGCGCGCUCCUCCUCGACCCACGCGUCUCCGUCGGCGUUCAGAGACGCAGACCCAGCGGCGCAUCCGACACAUCCGUGGCAAACGUGCAGGUGCAUCGCAAUCUGAGACGGAAGAGGAACGUGGCGAACAGAGCGACUCCUUCAUUGUGGAUGACGACGAGGUACCACGCAUCCGCCGUGAGAUCCGUAACGCUCGCACAACCGAGGGGCUUUCGAAGAAGAAGCGUCGGCUGGAUCCCGACGAUGAAGACACAGCAGAUGCGGAUACCGCCGAGGAAGACGAGCACGACCUCGAGAUGGACGAACCAGAACGCUUCAAAACAUCCACUCGGCUGCGCCAACGUAUCGAGACUCCUCACCAACGCCUGCUCCGCAUGCUGCACAACAAGCGAAACAACAUCGUCUCGUCCGGUUCCGAGGAAGAGGACGAUGAGGAGGCCGACGUGACCGUCGACGACGGCCCGAUCGUUAUCGACGACAGCGAAGGCUUCAUCACAGACGACGGUGGCGAGUUUGAUGACAGUCUCAUGCCGGCCGAGUUCUCCCGCGGUUACGCCCAGUCGAUGGAGUACAAGUUUAAGGUGUUCUUCCAAUACCUCAUCCUCCUUACCAUUCACGGCCCUGGCAUUUUACCCCUCAAGGGCGAGCAGAAGGAAUACAUGAAGCCCGCCCAGGAGCUCCGUGCGUACUUCAAAGGUAUCCGCAACGGUCGAGUGCGUGGACAAAUCUGGAAGCCAGAGUUUGUGGCAGCCUUGGAAAAGUACCCGACGUUCCUGGUGUAUGAUUUGGCAGAAAAGGAGCCAUACUGCGACGCGUGCAAUCGCAGGAACCAACACUGUUGGUGCGGCGUCGACCUCAAGGGUACUCCUUACGACCACGAGACGCACGGCGAGGUUACGUCCGCAGUGGGUUCGACCGACGGGAGUGACGAAGAUGAGAAGGACGACGACGACGACGAGAGCGACAGCGGCGACGACAACGAGAAGGCAAUUGAGCCAGGCCAUGACGAAGAGGGACUGUUGAUCCGCUUCAAUAUGGGCCCGCACUGCCUCGUCUCGUCUCGCCUGUACCACAGCCUCUCGCACUGGGAACACGAGCUCUAUCGACGCGUGAGACAGCACUACCACGACCUGUUGCGUGCCAAGGACGUGCCAGUCUCCGACUCGUCUGACGCAAGCUCCGGCAGCGAGCGCGACGAUGAUCUCGACAGUGAUACUGCAGCGGAGCGUCAAGUAGACCGCCAGAACCGCUCAGAGUGGCGCAGGAGGAACAUGCAGCGCCGAGCCGCGCGCGUCCAGAAGUUGAGGGGCAAACCGAACCUGCCACGCGAGGGCGAUGUGAAUGCGGUGACAGAGUGGAUGGAGGAACAGGGAUACCAGAACAAGGCAUUUCAGACGUUUACAGACUUGGAGAACCGUGCCCGUGGCCUUGGUGGUGGUGGCCGCGGAGGCGAUUCAGGGGGAGAGACCCGCAGGGAUCGCAAGAGGCUCCGCCCCGACCCCGAUGAAGACGACAACGAUGGCGACGAUGAGUGCACAGACAAGGAUGAAGUGGACGACCUCCGCUUGGAUGAACCAGAGCGAUUCCAGCGCACGACGCGCCUCCGCCCACGCCUCACUGAAAGUCCUCACCGACGUCUUCUCCGUCAGCUGGAGGACAAAGUGCACCUGAACAGGACGUAUUCAGGAAAUGAAGACGAGCCAGACGAUUCUCGCUCUCCACUGUGUGAACCCCACAGUUCCGAUGAAGACUUCAUCGUCGAGGACGACAACAUCAACGACGACAGCUUCAACGGUCUGGAGGAUAUGCCCCGCGAGUUCACCCAUGCAGCACGCCAGUCGCUCGAGUUCAAGUUUGAAGUCUUAUUCCACUAUCUCGUUAUUCUGGAAGUGCUGGGUCCCAGUGGGCACGCCGUUGAUCAAGACACCAGCGACUACCUGCAAGCAAGGCACGAGCUGGGUGAACACCUGCGAGCCAUUAAGGAAAGCCGUAUUUCUUCCUCACGCUGGUCACCAGAGUUUAUGAAAGUGUUGGAGACGUAUCCGUCUUUUGUCCCUGGAAGCAAACUGAGCGAUAUUGUGAGGCAGUGCGGUGGAAAAGCCGAGUUCGUUGCGGGAAACUACUGUCUCGACUUGGCAUACCUGUACCACAAGGCGUCACACUGGGAGCAUGAGGUCUUUCUCAAAAUCAGACACCAUUAUCAUGACCUCCUCCGAGCCACAGCUGCUCCCAUUGCGGAAGACUCGGACGACAGUCCCAGCGAGUCUGGAGUGAUCAAUUUGCCUGCCGCCGCAGCUCGCACUCAGCUCUUAAAGCGUCGACAAGAUACAGCCAUUCGCGUUCAGAAGCUUCGUCAAGACAAGAACUUUCCCAACCGAGAAGACCCGAGUGCCGUUACCGACUGGAUGGAACAGAUGGGUUACAUGGAGCAGGCCUUCCAAAUGUUCAAGGGUAUCCGACCCCUUGCCCAUGCCCGCCGCUUCCCCCUGGAUCCCGAGAAAGACGAGUAG